CAGGCCUGCCUCCCAGGCAGUGAAUUAGUGUAGCGUGAAAACGUGGGGGUUUCAGAAAACAGCCAGGUUCUCAACGGUGGGGCCUUCCGCCUCCUGCUCUCUCAUGAUUCCCAGCGGGUGCCAGCACUGAUGUUCUCGGGCCACUUGGACAGCCCCCCUGUCCUUUCUAGAAUAACAGCCAGGCCCUAGGGGGCAGCUGCCGGAUGCAGUUGAGCCUCCAGAGGAAGGUCGUUGCUCAGUGGAGGGUUGCGUGAGGAGUUGAAUCCCUGUCAGGAGGGACCCCAAAGUGAAAAUAACCUGUCACACUGGACACUGUUUCUGCAUUUUAAAUGCUGGAUGUACCUACCCAGUGAUUUCGGUCAACUCUUUCGCUCUGAGAACCACGAGAAGUCGUAUAUAUAUGGCGGCUCCGGUCUAACGGGCCCUGUCACCCGUGGCUCCUGCCACAGCUCCCGGCCGCCCCUGCCAGUGGCUCUUGGUCACCAUCCUGUCUUUGCUCCCCUGGAAGACGGGGCAGCCUCACACCCUGCCCAUCACAGCCUGUCCCUGGCGUGGCCGCUGUCCUGCAGGCUGGGGGAGACCAGCCCUCUCGGGUCACAGAGCAGAGAGUGUGAAGUGGAAGGGAUCCUCCAGACCAUUGCUUUCAGCUGCAAGACUCGCUCUGUGGUUUUCAGUUCCUUCCCUGAACCAAGUAAGACUGUCGUUAAAAACCGGAGGUAGGUGUGCAGGUAAUGAACGCAUUUGUUCACAGUAAACGGCUCUUUUAAGAGGUGAUUAAUACCCAUUUUCGUUUCCAUAUUUUCUUAACAACGUGAGGUAGCCUUUUGGAACGCUAUGAGUGAUCAGAGUUAAUAUUUGAAAACACUAUUGAUCUAGCACUAAUGGCCGCAGGGUACAAGCUGAAAGACAAAGUUCCAGUGUUUGUGUUUUAUCAGAGUUUUGUUGAGACGUAACGUGCGUGCCGUUCAGCCCCCCGUAAGGUGUCCCAGGCUGCGGACCCCCGAGUGUGGUAGGAGGGCCUCGGGUCUUCCUCCCAUUCCUGACGCAGCUCCCAGAUCCCUUGAUCGGCUUUUGUUACUCACGAUGAGCCCUUCCAGCCAGACCGGAGUUGUGUUAAGGGGGAGACACCUGGUGGCCCCUCAAGCGCUUCGGGGUGGCGUGGUGGCGGAAAGGCCCGGGCUCGACUGGCGGGCCGCUGAUGAUCUCACCAAUCAGGCCUCGUAACGACCUGAGCAGCGGGGUUUGGGGAACCGUCCUGGUUGGUGGACACGUCGGGAGGGUGGCGCCCGGUGGGGUGUGAGCGCGCCGAGCCCCUUCCCAUGCCCUGCCGGUGCAGCUCUUCGUUUGUCCUGAGUUGAGUCCUUUGUGAUUAACCAGGAAUGGUGAGUGAAGGGCCGCCCUGAGUUCUGUGAGUCCUGCUAGCAAUUACCACACCCAAGGGGGUGUUGUGGGAACCCCCAGCUGGUCACGUGGAAUGUGGGGGACCUGAGGACCGGAGCCUUGCAGACCCUGUGGGUGUGAUGCCGGCUGAGGGUAGCUGGGUCAGAGCUGCACUGCAGGACAGCAGCACUGCCAGGACUGGGCUCUGUGAGGAAGAAACCCCACACAUCUGGUGUCUGAAAUGUUGUACUACGGUGGCACGGAGUUCAUCGAUGAGCUGGAGGUCCUCUGUCAGAAGCGGGCACUGCAGGUCUACGGCCUGGACCCCCAGUGCUGGGGGGUCAACGUGCAGCCCUACUCAGGCUCCCCCGCGAACUUUGCAGUGUAUACGGCCCUGGUGGAGCCCCAUGGCCGCAUUAUGGGCCUGGACCUGCCCGACGGGGGCCACCUGACCCACGGGUUCAUGACUGACAAGAAGAAGAUCUCCGCUACGUCCAUCUUUUUCGAAUCUAUGCCCUACAAGGUGAACCCCGACACGGGCUACAUCAACUACGACCAGCUGGAGGAAAACGCCCGCCUCUUCCACCCUAAGCUCAUCAUCGCAGGGACCAGCUGCUACUCCCGGAACCUGGACUACGCCCGGCUGCGCAAGAUCGCCGACGACAACGGGGCGUAUCUCAUGGCCGACAUGGCGCACAUCAGUGGGCUGGUGGCGGCCGGUGUGGUGCCCUCCCCUUUUGAGCACUGCCAUGUGGUGUCCACUACCACCCACAAGACCCUGCGGGGCUGCCGCGCCGGCAUGAUCUUCUACAGGAAGGGAGUGCGCACUGUGGACCCCAAGACGGGCAGAGAGACGCGCUACAACCUGGAGUCGCUCAUCAACUCCGCCGUGUUCCCAGGCCUGCAGGGGGGCCCCCACAACCACGCCAUUGCUGGGGUCACGGUGGCUCUGAAGCAGGCCAUGACUCCGGAGUUCAGAGUCUACCAGCGCCAGGUGGUGGCCAACUGCAGGGCUCUGGCCGAGGCCUUGAUGGGGCUGGGCUACAGAGUGGUCACAGGGGGUUCUGACAACCACUUGAUCCUCGUGGACCUCCGCUCCAAAGGCACAGACGGUGGCCGGGCCGAGAAGGUGCUGGAAGCCUGUUCCAUAGCCUGCAACAAGAACACCUGCCCAGGUGACAAAAGCGCCCUGCGGCCCAGCGGACUUCGCCUGGGGACCCCAGCGCUGACGUCCCGAGGACUCUUGGAAGAAGAUUUCCAGAAAGUUGCCCAGUUUAUUCACAGAGGGAUAGAGCUGACCCUGCAGAUCCAGGACGCCGUGGGGGCCAGGGCCACCCUGAAGGAGUUCACAGAGCAGCUGGCGGGCGCCCAGGAGCACCAGCAGGCCGUGGCCACCCUCAGGGCCCAGGUGGAGAGCUUCGCCGCCACCUUCCCCCUGCCCGGCCUGCCCGACUUCUAGAGCAGUGCCCCCGAGGCCCCACACGGGCCCCUUCUUGGACUUUGCUACUGUUCUCUACCUUCUUCACAGAUCAACGUUUGUUCAGGGCUCAGUGCAAGUCAUUCUGGGACAAGUUAUUAAGGAGUUUAAACCCGAACCUCACAUUCGUGCAGCUGCACGCAGUUAUUCUGGAAAAAUGGAUUACAGGUUAGCCAUCCAGUGCUGGUUACCCAGACUGCUGCAGGGCAGGGCAGCACUGGGAAGAUGCCAGUGAUUAUACUCGGCUGCUAAGAGUCCCCGGGCUUCCCCGAUGCGCUGCGGCAGACAGAGCGGCCAAGGUCGAGCUUGGAGAGCUGCCUGCUGCUGCCUGCUCCCCCGCGGGCACCAAAAGAGGGCUGGGAGGGCUCAGUCGUGACAAACAGUUGCAAACGAGGAGGGAGCGAGCAUCCUGGUGCUUCUGCCGUGCGUCCAGUCAGAAUCGUGAGUUAGAUGAGUCCACUGAGGUGCCACCCAGCUCCGUGGGAGCCCCUCACUUACCACCUGGGGGGGGGGGUGCACGUGGUCCCUCCUCCCAGCCCAGGGAACCCAGUCCCAAGCCGCCGAGUGCCAGAUGACCGCCUCCCUUCCAUGAUCAGGAAACCAGAGGUCACCUUCCCACAGAAACUUUAUUUUUCACAAAUCUCGAGUGCAAAACAUAGAUGACCGUUUUUAAUAAGCACAAAUUUUUAACCACAGUAUGUCUACAAGAAUUAUAGCUUUAAAAAAUACAACCAAUUUUUCUAUUUCAAAAAUAUCUCAACUCAAAUAAAUUAAUUUCUUAAAAAGUACAC